UCAUGUAUUCACGUGGUUUCCUUUUACCCGGCCUUCAGGAUACUGCGGAACUCUAAGUCGUGCAAUCGUCAUAGACGCCUGGAUGUCUGACAGCCACCGGUUCCUUCUGAACAAAGAUCUCUUCGAGAGUAAAGUUCCUGAAAACUUGGGCUUAUGCCCCUUGAGAAUAUCUACUUCUCACUUCCCACCUUUCGUUAUAUUCCCAGAUGAAAAUAACACAACACUUUCGUCCAUGAGGGGAGUCGAGAUGGACAUGUUGCGACAUAUAUCUGAAGCAAUGAACGCCUCUGUCGUGUUACCACACAGAAUAGACAAUGGCACAGAUAGUAAAGCACAGAAUGGCGUUUGGACUGGGCCGAUCGGAGAUUUGCUGUAUAACAGGAGCGAUGUGGCACUUGGAGCCUGGUGCUUUACGCUGGAGGACAGUUUAGUCGUUGACGGCACUAACAGUUACUUCACCGAGGAGUUCACCUUCUUCAUACCUCGUGCGGAAAUGUAUCCACUGUUCUUGAGCAUGUCCCGCGUGUUUGCUCCGAAUGUAUGGCUGCUGAUUUUCGUGGUAAUAUUACUUACUGCAGUUCUGUUGAACCGUGUGGCUCUCGUCCGCUCUGUAGGAGAGUCUGACUCAUACAAAUACAUCACUAAUUGCUUGCUUAGGGUGUGGUCUGUAAUUGUGGGUGUGAGUGUUCACGAGAUGCCUCGAUCCAACCCAUUGCGUGGGGUCUUCUUGCUCUGGGUGGUCUUCUGCUUAGCUAUAAACACUGUGUUCCAAACAUAUGUCACCUCCUACCUUGUAGACCCAGGCUUCAGAUACCAGAUUGACUCUCCAGAAGAAGUAAUCGAAUCUGGUUUAGAUGUGUAUGUAAUCGACUUCCUUCAUGCUUUUUUAAGUGAUAAUUUACUGAACCAACUGAAAUCAUGGCGCAAAUGUGGAAGUGGAAAUCAGUGCUUAAUGAUAGUUUCAAAGUCGCCUGGUGUAGUUAUGCUAUCAGGGAAAGUAUUUGUGGAAUAUAAAGCAGAUAAACAAAAUGGCGUCAUUAUGUAUCAUGAGUCCAGUCAUGAUUUAUUUCACUUCCAUAUAGUCAUGGUGAUUAAGAAAGGUAGCCCAUUUUUGGAUCGUAUGAAUAUUAUCAUAAGGCGUUUAGUAGAGGGUGGAUUUCCGGGCAAGUUCUUCAAGGAUAUUAUCGAGAAGGAGAACAUGAGGUCUUUAUCAGAACUUGACCAGUAUUUCUCCAUGUCGGUUUAUCACUUACAAUCAGCAUUUGUCGCCAUGUUUGUGGGAAUGUCGCUAAGUGUCUUGUUGUUCUUCGCCGAGCUGAUGACAAGGCUGAUCCAACGAAGUAAUCAGACUAACUCUGAAAUUGUAUGAACUCCAAUUAAAUUACUUCAAGCAUAUCUACUGCUUCUGAAACAUGUUUCUGGCAACUCUGAGAAUUGCUGAAGGCAC